AUGGCCACUAUUACCACGACUUCUACCCAGUCCAAAGAUGUUGCCGGGCUUUCGUUGAUUGCAGCCCAUUCCCACAUCUCUGGCCUUGGACUUGAUGAUAAUUUGAAGCCUAAGGAAUCUGCUCAAGGCAUGGUGGGUCAAGUGAAAGCCAGGAGAGCUGCUGGACUCAUUUUGAAGCUUGUUCAAGCCGGCCAAAUUGCUGGUAGAGCAGUGCUCAUUGCUGGUCCUCCAUCCACAGGUAAAACCGCCAUUGCCAUGGGUUUAUCCCAAUCAUUAGGUGAGGGAGUGCCAUUUACUGCUAUUGCUGGGUCUGAAAUUUUUUCUCUCGAUUUGUCUAAAACGGAAUCGCUUACUCAAGCGUUUAGAAAAUCUAUUGGUAUCAGAAUCAAAGAGGAGACGGAAAUUAUCGAGGGUGAGGUUGUUGAAAUACAGAUCGACAGAUCCAUCACCGGUGGACACAAGCAGGGUAAACUCACGAUCAAGACAACUGACAUGGAGACGAUCUACGAGCUAGGUAACAAGAUGAUCGAGGGAUUGACAAAGGAGAAGGUUUUGGCCGGUGAUGUGAUUUCCAUCGACAAAGCUUCUGGUAAAAUCACCAAGUUGGGUAAGUCCUUCACUAGAGCUAGAGAUUACGAUGCCAUGGGCCCAGAAACUAAAUUUGUCCAGUGUCCAGAAGGUGAGUUGCAAAAGAGAAAGGAAGUUGUCCACACAGUUUCUCUCCAUGAAAUUGAUGUAAUCAACUCUCGUCAACAGGGGUUUCUUGCUCUCUUUUCCGGUGACACUGGUGAAAUUAGAUCGGAGGUGCGUGACCAAAUCAAUACCAAAGUUGCUGAAUGGAAGGAAGAAGGCAAGGCAGAGAUCGUGCCCGGUGUGUUGUUCAUCGACGAAGUGCACAUGCUCGAUAUCGAGAGUUUUUCUUUCAUCAACCGUGCUUUGGAGGACGACUUUGCUCCAAUUGUGGUGAUGGCCACCAACCGUGGUGUAUCACAGACCAGAGGCACAAACUACAAAUCCCCGCACGGUGUUCCAAUGGACUUGUUGGACAGAUCCAUCAUCAUCCACACAUCUAACUACUCUGCUGAUGAGCUCAGGACAAUCUUGUCGAUCAGAGCCAACGAGGAGGAGGCAGAAUUGCACGCUAAUGCUCUUGCGCUUUUGACAAAAAUUGGUGAAGAGACCAGUUUGAGAUAUGCUGCCAACUUGAUUGCCGUUGCACAACAGAUUGCUUCGAAGAGAAGGUCCGCUACUGUCGAGUUACCUGAUGUCAAGAGAGCAUACAUGCUAUUCUUGGACUCUGAAAGAUCCGUACAAUUCGUCAACGACAACUCGAAGAGCUUCAUUGACGACGAAGGUAACGUUACGUUGAGCUCCAAUGGUGUCAAGAGCGACGCCAAGGACGACGACAAGAUGCAAACAGACUAA